UGGACAGAAAGGACGCUUCUCAUCAGCGCACUCACGGUGAAGACAUGGAUCGUUGAGCACACGGUUCUGAAAGCGCUGUCACAGAGCUGUUAUUCAUCCCUGCAUCAUGGAGGCUCAGCCUGGUGCAUCAUGGGAGCUCAUCAGCAGUGUGACAGAUACAAUAUAUGAAGACUGAGAGGUCGUCAUGGAGACUGGCAGCUACACCUCAGGCCCAGCCACUACUGAUGGGGCUCGGACAGCGCCGGGCCUGGAGGGACUCGGAGUCCUUCAAGAGCAAGGAGGAGAAGGAGGCUCAUUCAGCACCCCCGCAUCCUGGUACCCUCCAUACUCGCUGGGCUUCCAGGUGUCACUCACCGCCUUCCUCAUGCUGGAGCUGGUGUUGGGAUUCAGCAGCAACCUGACCGUGCUGGUGCUCUACUGCUCCCAAUCCAAUUUAGUGGACUCAGUGAGCAACAUGGUGACCGUCAACCUCCACGUGCUGGAUGUGGCGGUAUGCGUGCUGUGUGUGCCCCUCACUCUGGUUGUUGUUCUUCUGCCUCCAGGACCCAACCUGGCCUUGGUGUGCUGCUUCCAUGAGGCCUGUGUCACCUUUGCCAGCAUCGCCACAGCCAUCAACAUCCUGGUUAUCAGCUUGGAUCGAUAUGACAUCUCGGUACGACCGGCCAACAGGCUACUGACGACACACAGGGCAGCACUGCUCCUGACUGCCGUCUGGAUCACCUCGGUUACUGUGUUUUUUAUCCCAUUCUUGGAAUUGCAGUGGUCCACUGGAGAAGGAGCAGAGGAGACAGAGGAGGAGAAACCCUUGUCUUUGUCCCCAUAUGGCAUUAGUGCCACAGUGGUACCAGCAUGGCGUAACCGGACCCUCCUAUGUGUUGGUGGUCAGGGUUUUCACACAGGCGUGGGUAGGUAUUACCAUCUUAUCCUCCAAGUGCCCAUCUUCUUCACCACUGUGGCAGUCAUGUUGUUUACCUAUUCAAGAAUACUGAGGGCUUUAAACAUCCGCAUUGGCUCCCACAUGAAAAAGAACCAGCGGUUCAGGGGCCCCGCCUGCAGGGGACGCCACAAGCGACAGAAAAAGCAGAAGCCGGGGGUUGCGAAUGAUGGUGGGGAGUUAGGAGGGGAACAGUGCACCGUAGAUAAUACCAAACAACUCAGCCACCCUCCCCUCAUCCCAUCCCCAACCCCGACAGCUACCUCCCCUCAUGCCCUGUCCUCUACUGCUCCACUUGUCAGCUCCGACGCGGGCGCUGCCACCCCCAUGCCAGCCACAGUUGGGGUUCAGGCUUCUGUGUCGGCCAUCAUUGCCCUACGACGGGCAGUGAGGCGACAUCGAGAUCGUCGAGAGCGUCAGAGACGUGUGUUCAAGAUGUCCCUCAUCAUCAUUUCGACCUUUCUGGGCUGUUGGGCUCCCCUCUCUGUAACCAACGUUCUAAUCUUGGGCAUCGGCCCCAGCGACGUCCUCGUCAGCCUACGCCUCUGGUUCCUUGCCUUGGCUUAUGGAACCACCGUCUCCCACCCACUGCUCUACGCUUUCACCCGACAGAAACUGCGCCGAGCACUUCGCGCCAAGGUCAAAAAAAGGGUGGUAUCCCUGCUCCAGGUAGACCCUUCACCAGGUGGAACGGUUAUACACAACUCCUGGGUGGAGAACAGAAAGACCAGCAGGCAGGUGCGUCUGGAAGCGAGUGAAGGUACCGACCGCUGCCUGGGAGAGGCCCUGUGAGACUGAAACACACAGGUCAGGCUAGUGCAAUUAAAAACCAGGGGUUGUUCCAUAAUCAAACUCACCGAUGCGAGCAGCCAGUGUGAGAAAUGUGCACAACAACAUUUUCACCUUGGGGAGAUGUUUUAAUGUAACCACCAGCAGCAAGGCCUUGCUACACUCUCACCGCAGCGCAGGCUGCAGUGGAAGCAGGGUGUUGUAAUCACUGUGGCGCUCACAUCCUCUGCAAAGUAUCAUACAACAAACAAUGUAUAUAAUUUGCACUCUUUGAAGCAAUGAAGUCUAUUUACAUAUGGAGCUGAAUGAUAGCGCAUCCUCAUAGUGGUGCUUACAUAACUGCUCCAAAGAAUGUGUUUAGCCAGCAGAAGAUAUGAUCUGUCUCCCACUCAAAGGCUCCAAGACUUAAACAAAAAAACGUUGAUACACUUCAAACACAUAAAUACUUUGAAUGUAUUUAAUAUUAUCUCUGCCUUAAAAGUUCUGCUAAAUGGUAUGACAUGCAUUCGGAACAAAAAGGGGGAGCAUGCUGGAUAUUUAAAAGGAGGACACAGUGACAGCUGUAUGAAGUAUGAUGACGUUUUAAUGUUUCAGGGUUUAGGCGGGCCAGCCUGCAGAGAAAAGAUAAAUAACAAGUCAGAGGAUAAUUAAAGUGUAAAUUAGUGAAUGCAGUUUUGCUUUAGUGUGAGUAGUUAUCAUGCUUUCAGAUAUUAAAACAUUUCGCAACACUCCUUGAUAUAAAUGCAACUUUUUGCUCCCCAGUUUAUAUCACAUGGUGUAAUAUAUUAUUUGGUAUUGCAGGCCAGCUGUCUCCCCAGUCUCCACUUGUUAUGCUAAACUAAGGUAGCCGGCUGCUGGCCGUAGAUUCACUGUUAACAUGAGAAAUCUUCUCAUGUGACUGUUGAUGAGAAAGAAAAGAUCACAUUCCUUAAAAUGUCUGCACUUCCUUUAAAUUGUUGACUGAUGAAGUGUUGACACAGAGAAUUGUUCAUAGAAACUGUAUUUAUUCCAGGUCUAUAGUUUUACAUUGCAAUAUAUUUAUGGUUUCCCUGUGGCUCACUUUGGAGUUUCGGCUUGUGAAAGUCACUUAAAGCUGUUUAGAAGCAGAUUCGUGUAAAUGAUGUAAAUACUGCCCACAUGAUGAAACUGAAUUUAUUACACGGUACAAGUUACUUGGCUGUAUGCAGUUAUACACUCACUUUCCUAAAGUAGAGGAGCGUUCCAGCUGCAGCUGCUUCAUCUCUGUUUCAGCACCCAGACAUGUGGUCCCACAGGUCAGCUCAUCCUCGGGGUUGUCUGGAGUGUAACUGUCACCACAGCUGGGCCCUGACAGAUUGCUGGCAUUAUAAGGAGUGGUGUUGACUUUAUUCUACCUGCUUGUGUCCACUGCUCUAACACUGUACUCGCACUAGGGUUCAUUGCAGAGGCCAUGUGAUUUAUCAUGCACACAAAAAAAUGCAUUUCUGAAUGUUAA